CUUAACAAAUAACAUCGCUGUUUAAGUACUACAGCCUUUUGACGGUUUGGCCAUUAGGCGUGAAUAUCACUUAUCAGCGAUUGACACUCUUCCACGUAAUUAACAUGGGAUCCGCAAGCAAUGAAACAAAAAAGAUUCGUGUCCGAAGGCGGAAGCCGUUUGACGAGCCACCAACAGAGAAAACUCUGGCUAAAAAAUCAAGGGCUCUGCUGUCAGAAAGCUCAGCUCCAAAAUCAUCAGUUGGGCGCCAGUCAAGUACACAGGGCCAAGGCACCGUUAAAAGAGCUGUGGUCAAGGCUAAAAUGGGCAAAAGCAAAAGGAUUAAAUCAGAUUUAAAGGACAGUGAGAAGCUAAUAAGCAACUCAAUGAUGAAGAAGUGCAUUUUGUCACUGCUGAAGGAGUACAGUGACCAAGACAACUGUGAUGCUGAAGGCAAGAAGUCUGUAUUUGCUGAAGCAUCAUCAAAAAUCUCAAGCAAGCGUCGACUUUGUCUAACCAUCGAUAGCUUCAAAGUUCCACCACAUAGGUCAUCAAAAACACCUACACACCCCAAGAUAUUUAGAUUUAAGCUGCCCCACGGUCUGACUGACGCGUCAUCGAGCGUGCUGCUGGUCACCAAAGACUAUCCCAAGCCCAAGAACCCGCGCCUCUCCAACGAACACUUCAGGCGCUUGCUCACCUCUGCUGGCUGCAAUCACCUCAUCACCGAGAUCAUGUCGAUAGGUCAGCUUCGUGACGAGUACUCGGUUCUGUCGGCACGCAAAGAGCUCUGCGACCGCAUUGAUGUGGUGCUCUGUGAUAACUCUGUGUCCCUGGUCGUCCCCAGAGUGCUCGGCAAGCUCUUCCUCCUCUCAAAAAAGUUCCCAAUCGGCAUUAAAAUGAACAAAAAGAAACUUUUACAGGAAAUUGAAGAGAAGCUCGACACAACCUGCCACAAAAUGACGUUCAAGAACACGCAGUCAACGCUCGUUUUCGGUCAUUCCGUUCAGCCUCUGGACCACCUGGUGGAGAACCUGCGUGCUAGUAUUGCUCAUCUGUGCAAGAGCUUCCCAGGGGGGUUCCGGAACAUCAAGACCCUCUACCUCACCACGGGGCUCAAGGCUAGGGUUCCUCUUUACGUAUCGAGCGGACCAUCGUCGCAAGUGCGGUCACUGCCGCUCAUGCCUGUAGCGACUCCUGAAAUUCUCGAGGGCGACUUUGGUUUUGGUAACGUCAAGAUCACGUCCUUUGGUGACGUCAUCCACUACCAGCCCAUCAAGGAAGACGAAGAAGAUUUGCUGCACGCCGUGCCGGGUAUGGAUGAGAAGACCAAGGAAAAGUAUCGCAAAAUGCGGGAGGCCCGAGACCGCGAAGAAAGACUAGAAAAGAUAUGGGCCAAGAAGAAGAGGUAUGGCUACGGCCUGAAGAAGGAAGCGCUGGCCAAGGCGAAGCGCAUCAAGAAAUCUAAUUUCAAGGAAGUUCCACUCGUGUAAAAUAAAAUUAUUUUCUCCGAGA